UAAGUUAUGUCAGUUAAAAUAUGCCAUAAUACAGAUACGAUAAAACAAUCUCAUACAUUAAAAGACUGGUGCAGACACAAAAAGAAACGAUUACGCGAAGACUGUAAUCAAAAUCACACAUCAACUUAUAUUACAGACACUAGUAUCCAUAAAUUAAACAAUGACUGUCUAAUACUUAUUUUCCUUUACUUGCCAAUCAUAGAUAGAAUUAGGAUAGAAAGCGUGUGCAAACAGUGGAAGGAAGUAAGCCAAAAAUCUUGGUAUAAUAUUAAAAAAUUGGACUUACAGAAUUUUACUUGGGGAUUUUCAACUGACGUUAGACUGAAGCAAAUCGAUUCAGUUAUUCUUCAUAAAGUACUUUCACGAUGUGGCACAUUUUUAAGAGAGAUAUAUUUAUCAAAAACAUUUUGUGAGGGUAGAGAAAAUGCAUUGUCCAUUAUUGGUAACUUAUGUCCCAAUUUAGAAAUCAUUGAUGUUAGUUGCCUUCAGGUAUCUUCAGCAGGGAUAACAUCAUUAAUAACUAAUUGCCAUAAUAUUAAAAAACUCAGUUUAGAUUGUAUAUGUCUUUUCGACACAGAUUUGGAAAAAUUAUUUAAAGCAAAUCAAAAAUUACAAUGUCUCAAAUUAGUUGAUAAUAAAAUAUCUGGCAAGUGUUUGUUAGGUUUGCCAUCAGAAACAAUAGAGGAAAUUAUUAUAGAAAGAUGUGACUAUCUCCGCGACAACGAUAUAGUAGAGGCAAUUGCAAGGUUAAAGAAUUUGAAGAGUCUUAUAAUAAAAGAGUGUUUUGAUAUUUGGAGAAAGACCACAGAAGCUGUUGGUAAAUACUGCAUAAAUUUAACAACAUUGGAAAUCACUGGCAAGUCCAGCAUUUUUCAGUUCAAUGGUAUAUCGCAUAUAACACCAUUGAUCAAUCUUAAAAAUUUAAAAGCAAGUGCAAAUUGGUUCAUUUGCAAUUCCACUCUUCAUAAAUUGAGUCUACACUGUCAACACCUUACUUGUCUAGAUCUCAGUGAUAUUCCAGGACAUUUUAUCAGAGACUAUACUUUGGCAGCUAUAGACAAAUUUACGAAACUAGAAAUAUUGAUAACACGUGAUUUGUACCAAGUGACAAGCAAAGGUUUAUUAUAUCUAUGUAACUUAAAGCAAUUGGUGUGUCAAGAAUGCAAUUUUUUCGAUAUAACAAUAUCCAAGUUUCUUCAGUGUUCUUAUCAAAUGGAAAUACUAGAUUUAUCAGGAUGUCACAAUAUAACAAAUGCCACAUUGGCAAGAGCAGUAGCAGCUACUAGCUGUAGAACUAACAACAUCACUUUAAAUUUAUUUAUCGGAGGAACUGCUGUAGAUCUCGAAACGUUUACCGAUAUAUCACCAUUCUUAAGAAUAAUUGACCGAGAUUUGCGAUACAAACGAAUAUUUAAUUUCCGUCCAAGUUCGUUUCUUAAUUAAUCGAUUUUUUAUAUUUUAUAAGUACAAACAGCUCGUAAGUUUUAAAGAUAUUUUCUAUAUGUACAGAGAACAUUUUGAAAUAAACAGACGUCAUG